AUGUCGUUAAACCGCGUUGCGUCAGUCGAGACCUUUCAAUUUGUUCCUCAAGGGGAGAGGUCAAGACGAGGGAGCGAUGCCUCAAGUGUGAGGCCUGGAAAGUUGAGCUUCAACCCUUUGCCCGAUCAGUGGGAUCCUGCCGCAGACAAGCCAGAUACCGUUCUCGCAGUAGGCGCUUUCGAAGUUCCACAAUGGAAGAGAGUCCUCCAAGUCGCGGUGUCGGUAGUGUAUUGCCUGUUUGCGGCGGGAGUCGCCUUUGGAUUUGCUGCUUUGAAACCGGUUCUCAAGCGUGAAGGUGCUUAUAGCGACAUCUGCUCCGCCGACAGCCCCGACUCGACCCCGGACAACACAUGUGUCGAAAUCCACCUGAACCUCAUGUUCACGGUAGCAGCUGUAGGGACCAACGUAGCUGCGUUGCCUGUAGGCGCCAUCCUAGACCAUUUUGGACCUCGCGUGUGCGGAAUCCUCGGAAGUCUGUUUCUGAUUGUUGGUUCUCUUCUCAUGGCAUACGCCAAGAGACUGCCGUUCGACGCUUUCCUCCUUGGUUACUUGUUGCUUGCGCUGGGAGGGCCCUUCACGUACAUCUCGUCCUUCCAGCUGUCUAAUGCCUUUCCGAAGCACUCGGGUCUUAUCCUUGCCCUCCUUACGGGUGUUUUCGAUGCUUCAAGCGCUCUUUUCCUGGUCUACCGUUUGAUCUUCCAAGCUACAGAUGGAUCUUUUGGCCAUGACCAAUUCUUCCUGGUCUAUUUGAUCGUGCCAGUAAUGAUCAUAAUCGCCCAGCUGACGAUAAUGCCCAAGCAAUCGUACAAGACUGUAGGAGAACUAGUCGAGCAACAAGAGGAGGCCGUCGCAGCCAACGACGCCGACGAGUCACCAUUCGACGACCAGGUCGAUGAGACCACUGCUUUGUUGCGGGAGGAACGUCGCCAGCAUCGCGAAUCGGUCGUGGCGGACAUUGAGCAACUCCUGGGGGCGCAAAAGGCGGACAAGCAGACGCGCAAGGAGGAGAAGAAAAACGAGACGUCGGGGGUCUGGGGCGUCAUGCACAACCGGACGGCGCUGAGGCAAAUCGCCUCGCCUUGGUUCAUCCUCAUCUGUCUCUUCACGGUCAUCCAGAUGCUCCGUAUCAACUACUUCGUCGCUACCGUUCGAUCCCAGUACGAGGCCAUUUUCGGUAACCAUGACAAGGCCGUCGAGAUCAACAACUUCUUCGACGUGGCUCUUCCGGUGGGAGGCAUCUUGUCCAUACCAUUUAUCGGCGUUCUGCUCGACCACACCAGCACUGUCACCGUCCUGACGGCCCUCGUAACCAUUGCCACGACCAUCGGUGUCUUGGGCGUCAUAAACAACAUGUGGGCGGCUUACAUUCAGAUCUGCCUGUUCGUGCUUUACCGGCCUUUCUACUAUACCGCCGUCUCCGACUACAGCGCCAAAGUCUUUGGUUUCGAAACGUUUGGUACCGUGUACGGCACCAUCAUCUGUCUUUCCGGCCUGUUCAAUUUCUUGCAGUCUGGGCUUGAUUACCUAUUCCACGAAACGUUCGGCGGCGACCCGAUUCCUGUCAAUGUCAUGUUGCUGUCAGCUGGCCUCGCUGUUGGCGUCAUGUUGGUCGUGUACGUUGCGUUUAAGGCGAGGAGUUUGAGACGCAAGAUGCUGGAGCGGGAGGCUGAGGCGGCCGCUGGGUUCAACUAA